CAUGCGUUGUUUUAUUGAGCUAAAUUACGAUUUACAGUCUUAAGUUCAUUGUAAUUUUUAGUGUCAAUGUAUUUUGUUUUUGGUUUAACUGUGAGGGACAGCUAAAUAAAGAUAAAAAGAAGCAGUGCUAGGACCAUGUCCUCAGAUGAUGGAAUGAUGCAGCCACCUCCAGGUGGACAGAUGCAGCCUUCACCACAGCAAAUGCAUCAACCUCAACCAUCACCACAACAGAUGCAUCAUCCUCAACCAUCCCCUCAACAGAUGCAUCACCCCCAACCUUCACCACAACAGAUGCUUCACCCUCAACCAUCUCCACAACAAAUGCAUCAACCUCAACCAUCACCACAACAGAUGCAUCAUCCUCAGCCGUCACCACAACAGAUGCAUCAACCUCAACCAUCACCCCAACAGAUGCUGCAACCUCAGGCAUCACCACAACAACAGCAAGGCUAUCCCCCAGAUAGUCUACAUAUGCUUCAGAGAACUAUUAAUGGUAUGGAAGAGAAGGGAUUACAAGAUCGACCUCGCUAUGCUCAGUUAAUGGCAAUGGCCAACAGAGCGAAGGCGGUUCCCAGUCCAGGUAUUCCUUCUUCCCCUGGCCGAGGACCUAGUCCAUCAAUGGGCCCCUCUCAUGGAUCAGGUACUCCAAGUCCAAUUAUGGGACCUCCACAUCCUCCUCAAGUUCAAGGUCCAGGAAUGAAUUCUCAGCCUCAGCAAGCAGCUUCUCCUCACCCAAUGGCAGGAGGACCAUCACCACAAGUUCUCAGUCCAAUGCAACCCAACCAACUUGCCCCAUCUCCUCAUAGCAUGGGACCACCAGCUCCACCAAGUACAUCAGUUAUGGGCCACAUGUCUCCUUCUUCUCAACCCUCUCCCAUAUCUGCACCAAUGAUGCAACAACAAGCAGUUUCACCACAGCCUCAAACUCAUCAAGCAGGUCAUGUCUAUCCUCAGUCCUAUGGAGGUCCUUCACCAUACCAACAGCAAGGUCCACAUUUAACCUCAGGCCAGCAGAUGAGUAUUCAAGGACAAUCAGUUGGCCCGGGAACUGUUCAAGGAAUGACCGAUCAAAAUCAACAAGGUCAUCCAGUUUUUAUAGCAGGCUAUGGACUUGGUGGGCAGAUGAAUGGGCCUUCAGGGCCUCACAUGGAAGAAAAUGCUCAAGGACCACCACAAGGGCCAGCUCCUGACCCUGGACCUAGUCCUAUAACUGCUAAUGCAUCUCAACCACAAGGAUCCAUGGGAAUACCUGGUCAGAAACCCUCAGCUCUCACGCCAAGUCAAAUGCAACAACUUCGAGCACAAAUCAUGGCUUAUAAGUUUCUUGCAAGAAACCAACAGAUUCCAGACUACAUUGGAAUGGCUGUUCAAGGGAAGAGACAUCUACCACCACAACCACCAUAUCAUCAGUCUUCAGGUUCUUCCUCACCAGGGCAGCCAAAUAUGCGACCUCCAACUCCAUCUGGUACUCCUUUACAAUCUGGCCCAAUGAUGGUUCAACAGAUUUCUCAAAAUCAGCCCACAGGAAUGUCAAUAAGAAGACCUGUAAUGCUUCCCCAUCCACCUCCACAGCCAGUACAAAGUAAUAUGCCACCACCAAAUGCACCCCUAACAGGACCGAAUAUUCAGAAUGUUCCUGCUCUUCAGCAACCAUCAGUUAAUCCCCAGGCAGCUGCAAAUCGACCCCUCAACCAGCAGACUACUGGGGGACAUCCUCCUGUACCAGCUAUGAUGCAGAUGCAGCAACAAAAGCAGAAUAGAAUUACUCCUGUUGCUAAACCUCAAGGACUGGAUCCAAUUGAGAUUUUGAAAGAGAGAGAGAACAGACUUGCCUCUCGGAUUGCUCAUCGAAUUCAAGAACUUUCUAAUCUUCCUGGAAGCUUACCAGAAGAUCUUCGUACAAAAGCUACUAUUGAACUAAGAGCUUUAAGACUUCUCAACUUUCAGAGACAGCUUAGGGCUGAGGUUGUAAGUUGUAUGCGAAAAGAUUCAACUCUUGAGACAGCACUGAACCCUAAACUGUACAAAAGAAAUAAACGGCAAGGACUGCGAGAAGCUCGAAUCACAGAAAAAUUAGAGAAACAGCAGAAGCUUGAACAGGAACGGAAGAGAAGACAGAAACAUCAGGAAUACCUUAAUGCAGUUCUACAACAUGCAAAAGAUUUCAAAGAUUAUCAUCGUAAUAUAUUAAAUAAAAUUGGAAAAGUUAACAAAGCUGUUAGCACUUAUCAUGCUAAUACAGAAAGAGAACAAAAAAAAGAACAAGAAAGGAUAGAAAAGGAGCGUAUGCGCCGAUUGAUGGCUGAAGAUGAAGAAGGCUAUCGUAAGUUAAUCGAUCAAAAGAAGGACAAACGUCUGGCAUUCUUACUUUCUCAGACUGAUGAGUAUAUUCACAAUUUGACAGACAUGGUGAAGCAACAUAAAGCUGAACAAAGACGAAAGCUAAAAGAAAAACGAAAACGGAAGAAAAAGAAAAAGAAAAACCAACAGGAAGGACAAAAUGGAGAGGCAAAUGAAUCACUUCACGAAGGGCUUCUGGAUGAGAGUUCUCAACAGAGUGAUCUUCGAGUUAAUGUUAUAGAGACUUCUUCUGGAAAGAUGUUAAAAGGUGAUGAGGCACCAAUGGCUGGUCAGCUGGAAGCUUGGUUGGAAAUGAACCCUGGUUUUGAAGUUGCUCCAAGAGAGACCAGUGAUGAAGAAGGCAGCAGUGAUGGAGAAGAUUCUUCUGAGGAAGAUGAGCAGCCUCAAGAAACAAAAGCAUUACAAUCUAAUCUAAAUGUGUUGUCAGCAACAGAAAAUGUAAAGGCAAAGGACAUUAUUCAUAAUGCACAAGCUGAAGAUGAUGAGUAUAAGAAUAUACCAGGAGGCUAUCAGAAUUAUUAUAAUAUUGCUCAUGCUGUUAGAGAAGAAGUGAAAGAACAGUCAUCUGUGUUGGUGAAUGGAAAGCUUAAAGAAUACCAGAUUAAAGGUUUGGAGUGGCUGGUUUCCUUGUACAACAACAACCUCAAUGGUAUUCUUGCAGAUGAAAUGGGUUUAGGAAAAACAAUCCAAACCAUUGCUCUCAUUACUCAUUUAAUAGAAAAAAAGAGAGUUAAUGGACCAUUCCUUAUUAUUGUACCACUCUCGACACUUUCAAACUGGAUGUUGGAAUUUGAUAGAUGGGCACCUACAGUGAUUAAAGUAGCCUACAAAGGAUCUCCUAAUAUCAGGCGACAGAUUGCAUCACAGAUGCGAAACAGUAAACUGAAUGUUCUUCUGACAACCUAUGAAUAUGUGAUCAAAGACAAAUCAAUUUUAGCAAAGAUUCGCUGGAAGUACAUGAUCAUUGAUGAAGGUCAUAGAAUGAAGAACCACCAUUGUAAGCUUACGCAGAUAUUGAAUACACAUUAUAGUGCACCACAUCGUCUUCUCCUUACAGGAACUCCACUGCAGAACAAACUUCCAGAAUUGUGGGCUCUUUUAAACUUCUUACUUCCCAGCAUCUUUAAGUCUUGUGCAACUUUUGAACAGUGGUUUAAUGCUCCUUUUGCCACAACAGGAGAGAAGGUGGAGUUAAAUGAAGAAGAGACUAUCCUUAUUAUUCGACGUCUGCAUAAGGUGUUACGUCCUUUCCUGUUGAGACGUAUGAAAAAAGAAGUUGAAUCUCAGUUGCCAGAAAAGGUUGAAUAUGUUGUUAAGUGUGACAUGUCUUCACUUCAACGAUUGCUAUAUCAACAUAUGCAGAAUAAGGGUAUACUCCUGACUGAUGGGUCAGAGAAAGACAAAAAGGGUAAGGGUGGAACUAAGACUUUAAUGAACACAAUAAUGCAGUUGAGGAAAAUCUGUAACCACCCCUUCAUGUUCCAGCAUAUUGAGGAAGCUUAUGCAGAACAUUUAGGAAUCUCUGGAGGAAUAGUACAUGGACCUGACAUCUACAGGGUUUCUGGAAAAUUUGAACUUCUUGAUCGUAUCAUUCCCAAGCUGUAUGCUAUGAACCACAGAAUUUUGCUUUUUUGUCAGAUGACCACACUUAUGACAAUCAUGGAAGACUACAUGAACUACAGAGGAUAUUUGUACUUGAGACUGGAUGGUACAACCAAAGCUGAAGAUCGAGGCCAACUGCUAGCAAAGUUCAAUGAUCCAGGAUCUAAGUAUUUUGUAUUUCUUCUAAGCACACGAGCUGGUGGACUAGGCUUAAACCUGCAAGCUGCAGAUACAGUUGUUAUAUUUGAUUCAGACUGGAAUCCACACCAGGAUCUUCAAGCCCAGGAUAGAGCCCAUCGUAUUGGUCAGCAGAAUGAAGUACGUGUACUGAGACUGGUUACUGUGAACUCAGUGGAGGAAAGAAUCCUAGCUGCAGCCAAGUACAAGUUAAACUUAGAUGAAAAAGUAAUUCAAGCUGGUAUGUUUGAUCAAAAGUCAACAGGUACUGAGAGACGACGAUUUCUGAAGGCCAUUCUUUCUCAGGAUGAAGGAGAUGAAGAGGAAGAAGACGAAGUACCGGAUGAUGAAACUAUUAAUCAAAUGAUUGCUCGAAAUGAAGAUGAAUUUGAGCUGUUCCAGAAAAUGGAUAUAGACAGAAGACGAGAAGAAGCACGCAAUCCAAAGCGGAAACCCCGUCUUCUAGAAGAAGAUGAACUUCCAGGUUGGCUGGUUAAAGAUGAUGCUGAGGUGGAGAGACUUACAAAUGAAGAAGAAGAAGAUAAAUUAUUUGGACGUGGAUCUCGUCAAAGAAAAGAAGUAGAUUAUUCUGACAACCUGACUGAGAGGCAGUGGCUAAGGGCUAUUGAAGAUGGCAAUCUUGAAGAAAUGGAAACACGGCGUAAAGUCCGAAAACAGCAGCAGACUCCUAAAAAACGUAAAAGGGAGCUGGAAGUUGAUGAUAAUAAACCUAAGAAAAAGCGUGGAAGACCACCUUUGGAAAAGAUGUCACCCAACCCUCCAAAAUUAACAAAACAAAUGAAAAAACUGAUUGAUGUUGUCAUUAAAUACAAAGAUAGUGAUGGUCGGGUGUUGAGUGAAGCAUUUAUGUUGCUGCCCCUAAGACGAGAAUUUCCAGAUUACUAUGCUAUCAUUAAGAAACCAGUUGAUCUUCGAAAGAUUCGGACCACUCCAGUGGCUCAUCGUUAAGUCUGAUGUCUUAUGAUGCUAAAAACUGAGUUUUCAUACCCGUGGUGAGCACAGCACAGAGAGUCCAUUUUGUAGUUUUGUGCUAAACAAUAAACAAGUAAACAAUACAUGUGUAGAACAGUUUCAUAAAUAUAUUUUGUGACUUUUUGAUUCAGAAUGAAGUAGUACUGCACAGUAAUGGUUAUUGUGUAUCAAUGAAAUUAAACCGGUGUUGUAUUAGUUAUAAAAUGUCAUGUCAUGGUUGCAGAUUUAAAUGUAAUAUAUUACAGGAGAUUUUUGUGUCAUGAUUUUAGUAAGUUUGGGUAGUCAUGGUAACUAUCUCCUGAAGACUAAAGAAAUGUUUUAAGAACUACUUUUUCAAGAAAAAACUGACUGAACAAAAAGUAAUUUUAUUUCUUCAUUAAUGUUCUGCUCCUUUAUUUAGAUGGAAAACUUGUAGAAUACUCAGUGGAUAGCUAACAAUAUAUGUUGUUAUUUCUUUGUUCUUUUUCCGUCAAUAUAAAUUACCAAGAAUUAGUUAUCUUGAAGUAAUACCUGAAGUGUGCUUGUCAUGUUCUGACUUGGACUCACUUUCAGAAACCAUAUGUACUUCUUAUUCUUAAGAUGUGUCUCGAACAAUUAUUGCUAUAAAGUGCCCCAUCUAACUUGUUUGAAUCGGCUGCUUGACGUGGAGGAGAUGUUGUCAUAUUUGCAGCUAUUUCAUAGUUCUUCAAACAUGAUAUUGUGAGAUUCCAAUGCUUAUUUGAUUGAUCUUUGCAAUUCUCAGUCUCAUUUUCAUAUAUUACUCAUGAUAAAUAUCAUUAGUAUCACUUAGCAUGCUUCCAGCAGGCUACACCUAAAUCCUAACUGCCCUUCAAGUUUUGGGCUUUCUGGUGCAUACAUCUGUAGAUCUCUUAGAUCAUUGAUGUCUUCCUGUGAUGCCUUUAAGUAAUUAGUUGAAGAUAGACAUUUAGCUGGCAUCUGUUUUGAAAGCUGUAUUUUAGAUACAAAAUGAUAAUUUUAAAAACGAUUACUUGUAUUGUUGGGUUGUCAAGCUUUUUUGGAAGUACCACUUUUCCAUCUUUCAUGUUAGAUGUAGCUAGAACAGAUGUUCUUUUACCCUACAUUUGGCUUUAUCAGUGGUAUACAAAUUCCAAUCCAUUGGAAGUUACAUAAAGUAACUGUUAAAUUCAUAAAGCUUUUUUUUCUUUAACUCUUGGUUGAAAAAGGAUUUGAUUAAGCAUCAAAGAAAUUGUGUUUGUGGUUCUUAAAUGU